AUGAUAGAUACACCAAAUAAUAGUGGAAAUGAAGAAGAUGAUAAAUGUGUACCACGUGCAGCUGUAUAUAAAAUGAUUAAAGAUUGUGCUCAACAUAUUCGUGUAUCAGGCGAAGCAAAAGAGUUUUUUGUACAAUGUUGUAAUGAAUUUAUUCAUACAUUAGCUUUACAAGCAAAUACUGUUUGUGAACAACAGGCAAAGCGACUUGUUCAUCCUGAUCAUAUUGUUACGGCUUUGAAUAAUAUGGGUUUUGGUUCAUAUCAAACAAAAUGUUUAAAUGCAAUGGAAACAGCACAAGAAGAAAUAGCACAAAAACGUAGAAAACUUCAUGGAAAACCAACAUCAAUUUAUACUGAUGAAGAAUUGAGACAAAAACAAGAACUUUUAUUUCAACAAGCUCGUGAAGAAGCUGACCAAUUAGAAGAAGAUGAUUGGGCACGUACACAAGAAUUAUCAAAAGAAGUUUUAAGGCAAAAACUCGAAGCAACAAGGACUGACGAUGAUAACUAUGAUAAUUAA